CUGCGCUAAGGGCGUUGCUACGUAGCUAAGGACCCGGUGCCGGCUGCUGGCGAAGCCGCGAGAUGCGUCCGUCUUACCUGCGGGCAGCUUCAUGGCUAUUCUGUGUGACUCCCACGAAACUUCCUACCUGCUGCCUCCAGACCAUGAGGACUGGGGAGAGCAGGGCGCCCCUGCCUUUGUGUACGGGCAGGAGGAGCUCCUCACGGGAGGGGUGCAGUGGCCUAGCACACCCAGCACCCAGGAUUCCCUGCCAUUGUCCCGAUUCGACUCUGCGCUCUGCUCGGCCUGGAGACAACGGAUGGAGCUGGGACUCUUUCGCUACCGCCUUGGGGAGCUGCAGACUCAAGUCCUCCCUGGUGCGGUGGGUUUUGUGGCUCAGCUGAAUGUGGAGCGAGGUGUGCAGAGGAGGCGCCCCCAGAACAUCGAGAGUGUGAAGCAGGCAUUCAAUCCGGAACAAUUUAACUUCAACAAGAUCCGGCCCGGAGAAGUGCUCUUCCGUCUGCACCGGGAGCCUGACGCAUGUGGUGCCCUCCCACAGGAGGACAUCCUGGUGGUGAUCAACGUGAGCCCGCUGGAGUGGGGCCACGUGCUGCUGGUGCCCGAGCCUGCCCGGGGGCUGCCCCAGCGCCUGCUGCCGGGUGUGCUUCGGGCCGGGCUGGAGGCUGUGCUGCUGAGCUCACACCCCGGCUUCCGGGUGGGCUUCAACAGCCUUGGGGGCUUGGCCUCAGUGAACCACCUCCACCUGCAUGGCUACUACCUGGCCCACAGGCUGCCUGUGGAGGGGGCGCCCAGCCAGCCCCUGGACCCAGGGGGCCAUUUGCACCUGCUUCAGACCCUGCCAGCUCCUGGCUUCCUCUUUUACACCAGCGGGCCCGGGCCUGACUUGGAAGCUGUGAUUAGCAGGGUCUGUCGGGCCACUGACUAUCUGACCGACCAGGAGAUUGCACAUAACUUGUUUGUGACACGGGGAGCGCCCCCUGGAAAGGCAUCGCCUUGCUCAGCCCUCGCAGGGGUCCGAGUGAUCCUGUGGGCCCGGAAGCCCAGCUUUGGAGUAAAGGAAGGUGAGGCUUUCAACGUCGCCCUCUGUGAGCUGGCUGGGCACCUCCCUGUCAAAACAGCGCAGGACUUCAGCACCCUGACGGAGGCAGCCGCCGUGGCCCUCAUUCAGGACUGCCUGCUGCCCACUGCCCAGGCCGCAGCAGUACAGGAAGCACUGGUAGCCCUGGUGGCCCAGGAGGAACCAUAGUCCCGGAGCUGUGUCUUCACUUGCUGCUCUGCGUUCCCCUCCAGAGGGCUGCUCAUUGUCUUGUGGUCACUUGGGCAUUUAUUUUCAUGGCUGCCUUCCCAUAUCUCUAGGCCUAAGGGGAGAGAUGAAGAAAGAACUGAUAACUUCCCUGUGAUCCCAGCGCUGUGGGAGGCUGAGGCAGGAGGAUGGCAAGUUUGACCCUAGCUUGGGCAGCUUAAAGACUGAAUGUCUUGUCUCAAAAAAGGAACAGGUUACUGGUCUCUGUGAAAGGGCAAAACCUUGGAAUAAAUCUAAUGAGUGUGUUCCUGUGGA